GUCGUCCAGAUAAUAUCGCUUGCCGUCCCUAUCAGCUCGGGAACCCAUCGGGACAGCACUGGCGAGCCAGCUCUCCGUCGAAUCGCUGUCCCCGGAUAUCGACGCGGAUAAGUCCGUCCUCGAUCAGAGAGACCAGCACGGAAUACAUAGCGCAUGACUUAUCAUGAAUGCUGAUUCGUUCCUGGAUCUCCGGUAUACCACCUCCCCGCCUCGCUCGACCGAUCGCAGAAUCCUCCCCUCGAGACAUGGUCGCACGCCCGCGCGCUCCCCCCUCGUACUUUUCUCGCCAUGCUGAACCCGGAUUCUCCGCCAUCCCCGGCCUCCCUGGGGAGAAAACGUCCACACCCGUCCACUGAGCCUGCUGAAAACCCGUCCGAGCCGUCGGCGCAAUCCCAGCAGCCCCCUGCCAGCGAUGGCCCCGUGAAGCUGCCCUCCGCUCCCUCUACCUCUGUCUCUGCCUCCGCCUCCGCCUCCAAUUCCUCUUCUUUCCGCAAUGUUUCCGCCUGCAAUCGUUGCCGCCUACGGAAGAACAAAUGUGACCAACGGCUCCCGCGAUGUCAGUCCUGCGAGAAGGUUGGCGUCCGCUGUGUUGGAUAUGACCCGAUAACGAAACGCGAAAUCCCCCGCAGCUACGUGUACUUCCUCGAGUCUCGCGUGGCAUACUUAGAAAAACUCCUGCUGGAUCAUGAGAUAGAGUACAAGGACCCGGUCGCAUUUGACGAGGAAGAGGCUGUCAGAGUGGAGGCCGGAUUGGACACUGCUAAAGCUCCGAUAGUCAACUCGGAAGGCUCGGGUUCUGCGGGUGGCGAGGAGGCCGUGGAUGGAAGUGAAGGAUGGGUGAAAAAAGAGAAAGAUGGUGUCCUACAAAGAAGAGAUAAGAGCAACCAGAGUGGUCAGGAUUCGGAAAACAACCAGGAUCCUCACAAGGAAGACAAUUGGAGGAUACAUAACCUGGUAUCGAACAUAGGGAUGGUGUCCGUGCAAGGGACGUCCGAUCCGAGAUACCUGGGUUCGACGUCUGGUAUCUCCUUCGCUCGCGUGGUUUUUGCUGCCGUCAAGAGCUCCGUGUCAGGAAACGCUGCUGAGCGCGCGCCAAUGCGCCCUAAUGAACGGCUGCCGCAUAGUGCUACGGGGACAGGUGGGAGUAGCAUGCGCGAUUCUUUCUUUGGGUUGCAAACAAGACCAAUGAUGGAAUGCGCGGCAUUCCCAGACCGAGACCUGGCCGAGAAACUGGUCAAUCUCUAUUUUGAACACGCCAAUCCACAAAUGCCCAUCCUUCACCGGACUGAUUUCAUGGAGAUGCUUGAUCGUACAUACUCGCUAGAUGCAAAUAACCGCUCCCCUCGCAGUCUCUACAUUCUCAAUAUUGUAUUUGCUAUCGGUGCUGGCAUCAUCUUCGAGGACAAACCGUCCUCAGAUGUCAAGCAGGAGGAUCGCGACCACUCGCCGUCUUCGUCCACUUCCAAAAGGCCUCGGUUAUCAAGCCACCAGCACCAACCGGAAGAGUACCAUGCAUCCGCUAUCGUUCACCUGGAGUCUUUCUUGGGUAAUACUGCCGCCGGAGAUGGAUCGGGCGCUCUGGAAGAGCUACAGGCCGUGCUUCUUCUCGCUAGUUUUGCCCUUCUUCGACCUGUGGCGCCUGGGCUUUGGUACAUUGUUGGUGUCGCCACGCGACUGGCUGUUGACCUUGGACUUCACUAUGAAGAUGGAACGGACCUUGAUACGCCUGGAGAAGAGGGGUCCAAUCGCACACCAGCCAAGAGUGCGGGUAAGUCCAAGAUGCGUAUCGACACUCGCGAACUCGGGCGGCGCGAAUGGGUCCGUGAUCUUCGCCGGCGACUGUGGUGGUGCGUAUACAGCUUCGACCGUCUAGUCAGUUGCUGUGUUGGCCGUCCUUUCGGCAUCAGCGACCAGGCUAUCAGUACCGAGUUCCCUUCCCUGGUGGAAGAUAAGUAUAUCACCAAGUCGGGGAUAGUAACGCCCCCUGCCGGCGCUCCGAGUUACAAACACUCAGCCCACCAUUACUUCAAAUUGCGGCUCUUGCAAUCCGAGAUUCAGGACGUGCUUCAAUAUCAACAAGCACGCUUCAUAAAACAAAAAGCUCCGUAUGGGAGCAGGAGACAUCUACGUCCCGAUAUUUCAUCCCCCUUCCUUCAAGGCUUCGAUUCCUUCCGAUCCUGGCGCAUAGACAUUCACAGGCGGCUGGUGGAGUGGCAGCAGAGUGCACCCACACGUCGUGAUACUGGUGUGAGGUUUCCUCCCGAGUUCCUCGAAUUGAACUACUGGCAGGCAGUCAUCAUGCUCUACCAGCAGAGCUUGACGGUGCCCGCGGAACUGGCAGACGAGAUGAUGCCGGCGGAGGAUGUUUCAAGUCCAUCAUUCUCCAACGUGGAUGAGGCGGAAGACGAAGAUGACAUCUAUUACAAGGUCGCAGAAGCUGGUCAAAAGGUGAUCCGCAUUUACCGUCAAAUGCAUCGAGUGCGGCUGGUCAACUAUACCUAUCUGGCUACACACCACAUUUUCAUGGCGGGCAUCUCGUUUUUAUAUGCAAUCUGGCACUCUGCCCUGGUUAGAAGCCGCCUGACCCUCGAUGAAGUGGACUUCACUGUACUUGCAGCAACGUCUGUUCUUGGGGACCUCACGCACAAAUGCCCACCCGCAGAGGCAUGUCGCGACGCUUUCGAGCGUAUGAGCAAAGCGACUGUCCAGAUGUGUCUGUCUACAACUGGGUUCGGAUCCCAGGUCGACCUAGCCCGGAUACAGGCCGAAGCGGCAGCACAACGACAGGCCAAUGCUUUCCAGGCCAACCAAACAAGACAAUACGGAGGACACUCCAUGGACCAUCGACAGAUCGCCCCCUCUGGCGUGGCCCGGCGGCAAGGCCAACCACGGCCAUCGCGCCCGGUGCCACGAUUCGACAUGAACCUCGGAGACCUAUUCGGCGAAAGCAGCACCGCAGCAGACCGACCAAACAACGGACCUCGAAAGCCAAUGCCGUACCCUGUCCGAUCCGACAUGCCCGACUCUUCUGCGCCCAGCUAUUCUGACCGCGCAAUGCGCCCACACCCGCAACGAACGCCCUCAAUGGAAUACUACUCCUAUGAACACCCAGCCUCUCCACAGAUGAAGCCCCCACCCCCCCAGCAACAACCACAAUACUACUACGGCAACUCCCCCCAACCAAGCGCAUCGCCCAACAGCGUCGGCGCCAACCCCAACCCCACCCAAUACCACACCCCAGACAACGAGCACCCGCCGACAGCCCUCAUGGACUUUCUCGACUACGACCCCACCGCGGCGGACGGCCACGUGCCCGGCUCCGACGAAAACGCCGAAUACGGCCUCCAGGCGAUGCCCUCGUUAGGACAUGGCGCUGGUCAUAGCGUCGGGAUCGACCUCGGAUUCGGCAUGGCGAUGGACUACCAACAUGAUUGGCGCGAGAACGCCAACUACGACAUCCUCGAAGGUUACUUUUUCGGUGGUGCCGGAAAUGGCCCGCCUGGUGAGGAAUAGAUCAGAUUACCUAUCAAUCUAUCAAUCUAUCAAUCACUCAAUCAA